AUGUCACAGUAUGCAACAUAUACCAAAGUAGUUAAUGCAUGGGUACAUUCAGAUCAACUUUACCUCUCAUCUGCAAGUGGAGAGGCGCUAAGAAAUACUCCACCGGUGACUCCACAGAUGUUAGCUGUGGGGGGAAAUGGUACGGCUGGUGUCAAUUCUGGUUUAACUGAGUAUCUUUCCAAUAACCGAGGUAAAAGGUUUGGAAUCGGGAUCCUGGAUUGGUACGCUAGUAGUCCCAAAUUCGUUUUAAUUUCGGGUUCAAACCCUAAACUUAAUUUUAUCGUUCUCCUCCCUCUAUUUAACAGCAAUGUGAAGAAAACAGAAAAUUUGGAUUGUAUGAGUAAAAUUUUGAAUAAAGAGAUCUCUGGUUAUAUACACAGCAGUGGCCAAGACGAGCAGAGGAAGUUACAUGUAUUGUUCACAUCAUAG